GUAUUCAUUCAAUCAUUCAUCAAAUCCGAAUCCAACAACAAAUGAACAUCAGAAUUUAUUGAUUGAUUAGUGUCUUAUUAUCUGCCAUUCGGGAUUGUUUGUCUUGUUGUUGAACAUGACAUUCGUUGUUUCGAAUGACGUAAAUUGAUAACAUUUUGUUAUUAUGAUGAACACAUUCAAACAAACUUUACGAACGGCCAUCGAUUUGUUUGGUAGUGAUCAGGUGAUUGUGUGAUUCGAAUUGAUUCUAAAUAAUAAUAAAUACAUAUAAUAUACAUAAAUACAACUGUUAUUAAAAUUAAAAUUAUAAUAAAGAGAUAAUCAUCAUCAUGACCAUCGACGAGAACGUAAUCGAAGGGUUGCAAGAUGAUCAAGAUGGCAAACAGAUAAUGCUGUUUGGCACGGACAUAACAAAAAUACCAUGUUUCAAGAAUUCACUCUUAACUGGUAUAUAUGCCGGUUUUGGCUGUGGUAUAGCCUCGUUUCUGGCUACAAGUAGAGUGUUACAAUCGACAAACAUUUCCAUUUUAUCGUUUGUUUUGGUUACCUAUGGCUACUGGUUUAAUUGUCGAAUAAAAUGGGCCAAAGAUAAUUUCAAUUGCCGCCAAGCAGAAGGAACAUUUGCCGAGGAAAUUGAAUCGAUCAAAUCACGCAAGAAAAAGAUGACUGACUGAACAUCUAGAUUGGUUUGUAGAGCAUGGUUGUAACGUAUUUUUUGCGAUAACGAUGUAUGGCACUCAAAACCAUAACUCCAUCCUGUUGAAUGAAUUGAAAUAAUAAAUGUCAUUAUUAUUCAUCACUGUUUACAUGUGGUGUUACCAUA